AUUUAGCGACGCCAAAUACAAACAUCGCCGUGUUGACGUGUGUAUAAAUCAUGUUUACAUCGUGACAAAGUACUAAAGUUAACUUUUGUGUUCGGAAAAGGAGCCGAGGGAGGGUGGAGUAAAACAACCCGGGGCUUUACCUGCCGGGUACCGGGAAGAGAGACGAGAGGGUGGCAGCGAGGUGGUGACAGGAGGAGGGGAGUUUAAAAAAAAAAAAAAACAGUCGGAGAAAAAAGAAAAGUGGACUUACCUGUACGCCAACUUCUGCCAACCCGCUCCCUCUUAUCACCUGCUCCGACUUGAAAGUCCAGUUCCACCAGGCAGCAAGCCGGGGAGAGGAGGUGAAAUAUGUCACAGGAGACAGACAACAAGCGUCUGGUGGUGGUGGUCCCCAACGAGAGCUCCUUCCCGGCGGUGCGGCGGGCCUACACCAGCGAGGAUGAGGCGUGGCGCUCGUACCUGGAGAACCCGCUGACGGCCGCCACCAAGGCCAUGAUGAGCAUCAACGGCGACGAGGACAGCGCCAAUGCCCUGGGUCUCCUCUACGACUACUACAAGGUUCCUAAAGAAAAGCGCCUUCUGACCGCUCCCAAAGCUGUGGAAAUAACAGAAGAGCAGGAGAAAAGGUUGCCUAGCAACCCCAACGGCGUCCAGGGCGAGGCCUUGGACAACCGCGUCCAGGUCCUCAAGUCGGUCCCCGUCAACCUGUCGCUCAACACGGAGCACCCCGGCGGCCCCGAGGCGGGCGGCGCGCCCUCCGUGGCCCCGGUGAAGGCCGAGGCCUACGUGCCCGUCUACAUGACGACGGCGGGCGCCGGGCUCCACUACCGCGUGGACGGCGAGGAGGCGUCCCGGGUGGUCUACGAGCAGAGCCCCUACGAGGUGACCGCCGUCAGCCACGGCUCCUACCCCAAGGACGACCAGCGGAGCCCGCCGGACAGCCCCUUCGACGAGGACAGGGACACGAAGUACCACACGCCUUCGUCUCUGGCAUCAGACGACUUCUUGUUCCACCAGGACGGAACCGAGAGCUUCCAGUACACGCUGGACGCCACCCGCUCGCUGCGCCAGAAGCAGGGCGAGGGCCCCAUGACCUACCUGAACAAGGGCCAGUUCUACGCCGUCACCCUCAAUGAGCUCAGUGCCAACAAGCGCCUACGGCACCCCAUCAGCAAAGUGCGGAGCGUGAUCAUGGUUGUGUUUAGCGAGGACAAAAACAGGGACGAGCAGCUGAAAUACUGGAAGUACUGGCACUCCCGGCAGCACACGGCCAAGCAGCGAGUCCUGGACAUCGCCGACUACAAGGAGAGCUUCAACACCAUCGGCAACAUUGAAGAAAUCGCCUACAACGCCAUCUCCUUCACGUGGGACGUCAAUGAAGAGGCUAAAAUCUUCAUCACGGUCAACUGCCUGAGUACGGACUUCUCGUCGCAGAAGGGCGUGAAGGGUCUGCCGCUGAUGAUCCAGAUGGACACGUACAGCUACAACAACCGCAGCAACAAGCCUCUGCACAGGGCCUACUCGCAGAUCAAAGUCUUCUGUGACAAGGGAGCUGAACGUAAGAUAAGAGAUGAAGAGAGAAAGCUCUUCCGCAAGAAGUCCAAAGGCAAAGAUGGCACCGCGGGCGUCAUAAGCGCCCCGAAGAAGACGGACACCACGUACUUCAAGACCAUGAGCGACCUGGAAGCGCAGCCAGUCCUCUUCAUCCCCGACGUCCACUUCGGAAACCUGCAGCGGGCCGGACAGGUGUUCACCUUCAACACGGAGGAGAUGGAGCGAGAAGGGAGCGUGCUGGUGAAGAGGAUGUUCCGGCCGGCCGAGGGAGACUCGUGUCCGUCGCCGCACAAGCACAUCAAGGAGGAGGCGCACAAGAGAGUGCUGCUGUACGUCCGCAAAGAGACGGACGAGGUGUUCGACGCGCUCAUGCUCAAGUCUCCCACGCUCCGAGGCCUCGUGGACGCGAUAUCGGAAAAGUACGACGUGACCACCGACAAGAUCGCCAAAGUCUACAAGAAAAGCAAAAAAGGCAUCCUGGUGAACAUGGACGACAACAUCAUCGAGCAUUACUCCAACGAGGACACGUUCAUCCUGCACAUGGAGAGCUACGCCGACACCUACAAGGUCACGCUGACUGAAAUAUGAACCACCACACACGCAAAAAAAACAACAACAACAA